AAGAAGAAGAAGAAGAAGAUGAUGAUGAUGAUGAGCUGCGGGAUGGACCGGAAACCAAACCUGAGGAGGAAGAGGAGGAGAGGAAGGAGUCCGGAGCUGGAGGAGGUGAUGAAGAUAAAGAUGGUCACCUGAAGGAGGAAGAGUCCAGCAGAGUCCAGUCCUCCAAACACAGACCUGCUGCAGCUGGGUUCCUGCAGGUUCUGGUCCGGAGCUUCUUUGGCUUCCUGGCAGCAGUGGUUUGUGGGAUGCUUUACGCUGCGUACCUGUCGGCGCAUCACGACAGGAAGUUCUGGUUUUCAACCAGACAGGAUCUGGAGCGAGAACUGUCCUUCCAGGGAGGGAGUGGCUUUUAUUAUCAUUUCUACAAGCAGAUGUUAGCGGCUCCGUCCUUUCAGACAGGGUUCUCUGACCUGCUGGUGGACAACCGUACGGUUUCAGGAGAGACGAUGAACUCGGUGCAGCGCUUGUUUCUGUAUCCGGAGCUUCUCACCAGCUUCAUCUACAGAGUGACGGGCUGCCAGGACUAUGUGGAACCCGUCUACUUCUACAUCGGGUCGGUUCUGGGCCUGCAGGCGUUCUACGUCACGGCUCUGUUCGUGUGCAGCUGGAUGAUGAGUGGAUCCUGGGUGUCGGGGAUGCUGGCCGUGUCCUGGUACCUGAUCAACAGACAGGACGCCACCAGAGUGGACCAGGCGGUUCCGCUGCGGCUCAACUGGGCCCUGCCCUUUUUCUCCUGUCAGGUGGCGGCUCUGACCGGGUUCCUGAGCAACAGCCUGGGUUCUGCUGCUGAGAUGUUCUGCUACAUGACCAUGAGCAUCAGCACCUUCAGCUUCCUGCUCCUCUGGGAACACGCCCACUACGUGCUCUUCAUCCAGGCGGUCUGCCUGGUCCUGCUGGACUCUGUGGACCUGGUACCUCAACGCAAGACGGCCGACAUCCACAAGGUUUACCUGAGCUCCUUGCUCCUGGUCUACCUGCUGCAGUUUCAGAACCCGUCGCUGCUCAGCUGCCCUCUGCUCUGCCUCCUGAUUGGCUCGCUGCUCGCGAGGUACUUCCAGAGGAGGAUGAAGAUGGGUCGUCUGCUGGCCCGGCUCAUGAAGCUCUUCCUGCACUUCUACCUGGUGUUCACCUGCGGACUCACCUGUACUUACCUGCUGAAGAAGCUCUCAGCUUCAGCUGACGACGACGUCCUGCUGAAGCUCCUGCAGGUGAAGUUUGGACUGAACUCCACCAGUGACUUUGUGACGAACUUCCUGCUGUGUCAGGACGGGCUGCAGACACCGGGUCAGAACCUGUUCCUGAGGCUGACCCAGACCUCCGUCCUGCCCUUCUACGUCCUGGUUCUGACCGUCUGCCUGCUGUCGGCCCUGCAGGCCGUCUACAGGAGGCUCAGCGGUCAGCCGGUCGGCGCCGGCCUCAGGCUGGAGGACGGGCGGGUCGGGGAGCAGCCGGCGGUGGUUUAUCACGUCCUGCACACGCUGCUCUUUGGUUUCCUCACUCUUCUGUUUGACGGGGUGAAGUACGUUUGGACCCCGUAUGUGUGCGUGUUCACGGCGUUCGGCGUGUGUUCUCCUGACCUCUGGAUGACGGUCUUCAGGUGGCUCCGGCUGAAGUCGGUCCAUCCUGUGGUUCUGUCUCUGAUUCUGAGCACAGCGGUUCCCACCAUCAUUGGUUUCAGUCUGUGGAGAGAGUUCUACCCUCGGGUCUUGGCGGAGCUGGCGGACCUGCAGGGGUUCUACGAGCCGGACACAGUGGAGCUGAUCAACUGGAUCAGGUCCCAGAGUCCAGCUGUGGCUCCAGCUGUGGCUGUGUUUGCUGGCAGCCCUCAGCUGCUGGGAACAUUAAAACUGUGUUCUGGUUCUGUGGUGACCAGUUUACCUGUUUACUCUGACCUGCAGCUGCUGAGGAGGGCUGAGCAGAGCCUGCAGGUGUACUCCCUGAGGUCAGCGGAGGAGGUCUACAAGCGUCUGUCGGCUCAGAGGAGCAGCUUUGUGAUCGUGGAGGAGUCGGUGUGCAACGAGCUGACCCUCAGGAGGAACUGCAGGAUCAAAGACCUGCUGGACGUCUCCAACCAACACGUGGUCUACGACAGAGGACAGAAGCUGUCCUCCUCCAAACACGGACGCUUCUGUCAGGAGAUCAAGAGGAACUACUCUCCGUACACCAACUACUUCACCCGGGUCUUCUGGAACCGCUCCUACCACGUCUACAGAGUCAACUCUGUCAUCUCCUUCCAGUACUGAGAGUCCACAGAGACCCGGUUCACAGAGAGACCCGGUCCACAGAGAGCUCCGGUCCACAGAGAGCUCCGGUCCACAGAGAGACCCGGUCCACAGAGGACUGGGUCUCUGGUGUCCUGCAGAUCUGCAGGUUUUUAAAGGGUCCAGAAACAUGAAGGAUCCUGGGUUUGACCCCAAACCAGGCUGUUAGAUUUUACUGUUAAUAAAAACACAUUCAAACAUUUACAGGUAAA